GUUUUUAGUGCUGAUGUUUUCAGCUACAAAUACACGCUUUCCAAGAGGAUAACAUCGAACAUGCUAAGAGGAUGCUCUGGUCCAUAAUCGGCCAUCCACAUCAGGGGCAUAGCAUUUUACUUGGCCACGUUCCGACAGUACACAGGGCUAUCAUACAUGUCUCAUCCCCUCAGCAUGCGCUUUCCUAUAAAGACCGGUCUCAUCCACAGGGACGGUGGGUACUACCGGUGACCCGAAAAUCGCAUACAAACCCGAGUUUGGAGCCUCUUAAUCCCAUACAGAAGAAUACUAGCAGCCGCGAGGCUCUCGUCAACAUGAUUCGGACGGCUCGAAUACCACUGCUUCGCAACAGACAGGAGAAUGGAAAUCCUAGGGGUAAGACUUGGGAUCCAAACGUUUUCCAGGAGGCAUUCGCAGAUUUUGGACACGUCCUCCACCCAAUUACCGAUCGCGUGACCCAUGAAUCGCUAAUGCGUGAGCUCGAAGAGCGCCGAAUUUCCCACAGGACUUUCUCAUAUACGACUCCGACGAUAUCCAGAGUUCUAGCAAACCUCACUUCAAGGAAUCCGCCGGCACUCCUUUCAGACAAUCGUCUUGUGUUGCAGCUCAUCCCAAACCCAGCGGACAAGAAGCACCAUAUCACAGUCAAUAAUCCUCGUGGUAAGCAGUAUCCGCGAAUUGAAAUGCUUUGGGAUGUUAGCGAUAAAAGCGAUCCCCGAUUCAAAGAGAUUCGAGCUUUCAUCGGGCAAGAUAUGGCAGACUACUUGCUUCCUGGCCACGCUAUAGAUGUACGAGUCACACGACGCGAAUUCUGUAAGUCCAACGCAAGGAUCAUGGAAAAUCGGGACGUGCAAAAUUUUGUUGAAGUUGUAAAUUCGUCUCUCGUAUCUGGGGCCUUGCUUAGCGCUCCACCCAGCAUAAAACUACGCGUUCCCGAGUGGUUUGCUAGUUCGGCCCACUUACAUGUCAACGACUAUCUUCAGAAUAUGAGCGUUGGCACCACAAUUCCAAUCAUGUACGUACCCGUCGGCUUCGAAUAUCGACAGCGUAUGUCUUUUGAUAUCUCGAUCCAUCCAUUGUCAUUCACGACAAGUAUUGGUGGCGCAACGGGCGGUAAUCAUGGGCGGCUGAGCCUCUCACUUGGUCCUAUAUCGGAGCCUGACAUCGAAGGCCCGAACAGAGAUGCUGCCGUAGUCAAUGAUGGCGUGCGAGACAUGCAGCCCGAUCCAAUGGCCGGUCAGACAGUCGAUGCUACAGAGGACUUCAUCGACUCGGUUUUCAACCUCGCAGAUCUGAUUGACGAGACUACCAGAGACAUCCCAGACAGAAAGGACAGUGUGCUCACAAAUUCCCCCGUGACAUCGUCGCCUUCAAGCUCAGCAUGGGCUGCCCCCAGGCAAGGGGUCGCAGAGCACAAUGGAGAACAGCCCAAUUCAGACCUGCCAUUCAUACCAGAUGACGACAAAUCCAAUGGAAUUAUAGAUGAGCGUUUCGACGAGGGAAAUAUCUCUGAUCUAGAUGAGGAGGAACCUAUGCAGCUCAACGACGAGGCGAGCUUGCAGAAGACGAAUUUGAGGAAUGCAGCUGAUGAAGACCCGCUUGAGCCUGGUGAGGACGAGUCGCAAAUAAUCGAGGAACGGGAAAAGCCACUCGAAUCUGUGGAGGUCUUUCCGAACUUACGUGAAGAGACAGAGAUAACAGAGCCGGAACGGAGUAGAGAAGCCACCGAAACAAUCGACGGCGAAGCAGGCGACCUAAAAGUCAAAACUGCACAUGGGUAGACAGUAUAUAAUUUCGAGGAUCAAAGCGAAGCGUCGAUGGCCAAGGCAGAAGAGAGUUAU